UACGACUAUAGAUAAUUAGAUACAUAUAAAUUAUAUAAGAUGGAGCGUUCCAUGCGUUUAUUUCCAACCGCCUUCGUCUUCCUGCUGCUUUUGGUAGCCACCGGGACGAUGGUUGCUGAGGGUAGGACCUGCGAGUCUCAGAGUAACCGCUUCAAAGGAACAUGCGUGAGUAAAAGUAACUGUGCUGCUGUUUGCCAAACUGAGGGCUUCCCCGGAGGCAAUUGUCGUGGCUUACGCCGUAGAUGCUUUUGCACUAAACAUUGUUAAUUAGCUAAUUAAUUAAGCUAGUGAUGAGCUGAUCACUUAUCACUUAAUUAUCAGUGGAUGAAUGGACGUAGGUACUUUGAUACGAGUGUGGAACUAGCUAGAAUAAGUUAAUGGCCUUCACAGUUGGGUUGUUAACCUCGUAUCCCUAUUAUGGUUCUUAGUGUUCUUGUUUGUUAAGUACCACCGUCGUGAGUUUUUCGUAAUGCCGUACUAUGUACGAAUUUCAGUAUUCCUGAUCCUUUACGUUUGAAAUGCAAUUAAUCAUCAUUUUCUCAA